CUCACCUAAACAAUCCUAUUUUGAUUUCUACCUACAAGUUACCAUAUCAUACGUCAAAUCCUACUAAACUUGUUCCAGAUCGCAAUGGCGUUGGUCUUUUGUUUCCUGGCUUGGCUUUGGGCAACCCCUAUACUGGGAUCCUUGUCACAAGACCUUCUGGAAAUUGCUUCUAAUGGAUUAAGAGAUUCCAGAGAGACAUCCAUGACAUUGAUUUCGCAGAUAGAGGUUGUUUCAAGUGAAAUAGAUACGGCAGCGGCUUAUGUCGAAGUAUCUAGCCAUCUAACAGACUUUCAACGCGCUUCCGCCGCAUGCAUUAUGUCUGAACUGAUUUUUCCAGGGCGGGUCCUGAACCUGACGCGUACAGAGUAUAAGUCAGAACAAUAUAUAAACUGGUCUGCAACAUGCUGGUUACCAGCAGCAUGCUUUGUAAUUCUUAAAGAGCCUGCAGAGGUCGGCAUUGCCCUUCGAAUUAUCACCGAGACCCAAUCUAAAUUCUCUGUUCGGGGCGGAGGUCAUAAUCCAAAUCCUGGGUUCUCCAGCAUUGAGGAUUACGGUGUGCUGCUUGACCUCAAAGGCCUAAAAAUGCUGUCCCUGACCGAUAAUGGACUGUUACAGGCGGGACCGGGCAACACCUGGAGGACCAUGUAUGAUUUUACUGAAGGUCAUGGUCGAGCAGUUAAAGGUGCUCGAGUGCAGCAUGUCGGUAUACCUGGUUAUCUGUUAGGAGGUGGAUUGGUAUUUUUUCCAAGCCUCCAUGGCUUGGCAGUCGACAGCAUUGAGAACUAUGAAAUUGUUUUAGCUAAUUCUACGAUUGUCAACGCUAAUUCGCGUCAAAAUAAAGAAUUAUUUAUCGCCUUGAAAGGAGGCGGUGCUAAUUUUGGCAUUGUCACACGCUUCGAUAUCCUUACCUAUCCAGCUAUCCACGUUCAGUACAGCUUGGCUAUUUACAACGCCACAGACUAUGCAAAUAUCUUGAAUGCAACUAUCCAAGUUCAAGAGCAGAUGGAAGUCGACCCUAAAAUUGACAUAUUUCUCAGUGUAACCCCCACUGUAAUUACUGUCGGAUUGCUAUAUGCAGAUUGGUUGGCGCAACCACCUAGCAUAUUUGAUACGUUUUUCGCUCUCGACAGCCUCAUUGGAUAUGUUGUUGAGCUUACCAAUGGGUCUAUCGGAUCUUUCGAGGCCGAUAUGGAUGCGGCUGGGCCUCCAUAUGAUGCUAGACGUUUACCUUCUACCGUCUCCACCACAUAUGACUAUGACUUCUAUAUUCAAGUUCAUGAGAUGUUCUUGGGGAUAUUACAGGCGUAUCCUCAUCUAUCGUCUGCUAAUAUAUCUUAUACUCUUGCACCUUUGGCUUCGACGGCGGUUCUGGUGGGCAAAGAUCGAGGAGGGAACUCUCUCGGCCUAGAUAAGGAUCCCCAAACAUGGUGGUCAUUCGUGUUAGAGUGGGCCGACGCGAAAGACGACACUAACGCACAGCAACUCUCAGAGGAGCUUUUAGAAGGCCUCCAAUCGUUGGCUCAAGAUCAAAAUCAUUUGCUCAAUUUCCACUUCAUGAAUCACGCCAGCUUCACGCAGAAUGUCCUCGGCAGCUACGGUACAGAUAACGUCAAGCGAUUGGAAUCAGUGGCAAAGAGCCUAGACCCAUCGAGAAUUUUCCAGGACUUACAGAAUGACGGAUUUCUUUUGCGAAAGCUAUGACUUGGGAUAUAAUAAUAGAAGUGUCGAUCGAAGUUCGUAGGUCUAUAUGUAGCAGGUUCUGGAUGUUAGGAAUGGUUAAAUGACUUAAAUUAUCAGUAGAGAGGUUUUCUGGGCGGAUAGAAUAUACACAGCAGAAUGAUAGCCAACUCCGCUUUGCUGUUCUUUCAAUUUCCUCUCCCUGCCU